UCCAGCCACCGUCAGCAUGUGCCAUGUUAUUGUCACCUGUCGCUCCAUGCUGUGGACUCUGCUGAGUAUUGUUGCCGCGUUCGGAGAGCUCAUCGCCUUCAUGAGCACCGACUGGCUCGUUGGAUUCCCCCGUGCAUCCGAUGCAGUUUUCGGCCCCCAUGGGGCCACCACAGCCGGAGAGGCUUACAGGCCCACUUUAGGCAUCUAUGGUCGCUGUAUAAAACUGCCUCAACUGCGGGGAAUACUGUGUGGACCGUACGCAGUCCACUUUGGAGAGAUUGCCAGCGGGUUCUGGCAGGCUACUUCUAUCUUCCUGGCUGCAGGGAUCCUGUUGCUGUGUGCCGUGGCAUUCAUUUCCGUCUUCACCAUGUGCUUUCAAAGCAUCAUGAAGAAGAGCAUCUUUAAUGUGUGCGGACUGCUGCAGGGAAUUGCAGGUCUGUUCCUGAUCCUAGGUCUGAUGCUGUACCCUGCUGGCUGGGGUUCAGACAAGGUCCAGCUGUACUGCGGACCAGACGCGGCGCCGUACCGCGCCGGUCUCUGCUCCAUGGGCUGGGCCUUUUACACCGCCAUGGGUGGCACUGUGCUCACCUUUGUCUGCGCUGUCUUCUCUGCUCAGGCUGAGAUCGCCACCUCCAGCGAUAAGGUUCAGGAGGAGAUCGAGGAGGGCAAGAGCCUGAUCUGCCUCCUGUGAAGCUCAGAUAACACUUAUUGUGCAGGUGGGGGGAGAGAAGAAGGAUGAGGCAGAGAUGUGCCACUUAUGAUCUGGCCCUCUUCUGCCUAUUCAAAAAUAAAAAAGCUGGCCUGUGAAAUUGAGGGCCCAUUCAUUGUUUACCACUAAUACUGACUCUUAUUUUGUCUCAGUUUUCUGUUUGAAGUGGGAGAAACUUAUAAGUGCCAAGUUUGUUUGUUUUAUUUCUAAGUUUCUGUCUUUGUCUUUCUGCCACUAGAGGUGCUGUGUCUGUUAUGUAUUCAUUUUAAGCAUGUGGAUGCCCUGCGAGGCAUUGUCUGUUACCACAUGUUCUGUAAAUAAGCGUGAUUAUAUAUAUUUUGUACAUAGUUAUGAUCGCAGAAUGAUGGUCAGCUGGAUCCAGGCUGGGCUGAUGAUGUCACUCUUGCCUUAAAAAAAAAAAAACUAUGAAAAAAAACUUUAAAAAAAUAAACCUGGAUCUGUUAACUGUCAACAAGGGAACCACUAGUCAGUCAGAAUAAACUGCUCAUAAAAAUAAAUGGCCUUUAGCUCAGAGUGGAUGUUCUUUAGAGCUUACAGAAUGUACUAUUUGAUUAAUUAAUGUGUUUGUAGACGCUUGAAAUGUAUCGGUGGAAACGAUUCUUCACAUGGACUGCACAAGGACGAGCAAAGGAGGCUCUUCGGUGCAUUUUGUUUGUCAAAUCCUAACAUGAAGUGGGCUUAAUCCUAACCAGUUGACCUGUGAAGUGUCUGGUGCUCCUCAGCAGACAUCCUGUAAUCUGUGCACAUGGACUGAAUGAUGAGGACACAUAAAUAAAUGAAGUAUUGCUGUUGUUAAGUAACUGGUUCUGGGAGUGUGUCGAGUCAUACAGAGUGUCCUGUCUAUUCCCAUUUGUUUCUGCCAAACAAAUAAAAAGGAGGGGGGAAAAAUAA